UCUCGCACCGGAGAUGACGAUCUAGGUGAUCAUUCGUGCCGUGGUAGGGUGCGAUUACCGUUUAUCAUGAGCUGCAAAGCGCUUUGUCAUCUCAGUUUCCCAGCGCUUUCGUCGCGGUGAUAUGAGUGUUUCGCUUGCGUCCGGAGUAACAGGUCAAGAUGGUUCAAAAGCCGAAAGUGUACGUGAUCGGCGUCGGGAUGACGAAGUUCGAGAAGCCCGGCUGCAGGGAGGAUUUUGACUAUCCGCAAAUGGCGAAGGAAGCGGUGACCAAAGCCCUGCAGGACGCGCGAGUGUCCUAUAGGAGCGUGCAGGCCGUCUGCGUCGGUUACGUCUAUGGCGACUCGACCUGCGGUCAAAGAGCAAUAUACGAGAUCGGGCUCAGCGGAUGUCCCAUUUACAAUGUCAACAACAACUGUUCCACCGGUUCCACCGCUCUCUACCUCGGCAAACAGAUCGUCGAGAGUGGCAACGCGGACUGCGUCCUCGCCCUUGGCUUCGAAAAGAUGGAGCGUGGCUCCCUGAUGUCCAAGUUUACGGAUCGCACGAAUCCCAUGGAUAAGCAUGUCGGACUCAUGGCAGAGAUUGCAGGUCUUUCUGAGGGCCCUAUCACUGCUCAGAUGUUUGGCAAUGCUGGGAUCGAGCAUAUGAAGAAGUAUGGCACAAAGCCUGAGCACUUUGCAAUGAUUGCAUAUAAGAAUCAUCUGCAUUCUACCAACAAUCCAUAUUCCCAAUUCCAAGAGAGAUACACAUUACAGCAGAUAAUGAAUUCUCCAAAAAUAUUUGGGCCACUGACAAAGCUCCAAUGUUGCCCCACUUCCGAUGGUGCGGCAGCUGUUGUUUUAGCUAAUGAGGAGUUUGUUCAUAAGCACCAUCUAGAGUCACAGGCUGUCGAAAUCCUGGCUAUGGAAAUGUCCACUGAUCUGUCUUCGACAUUUAACACCCAAUCAUGCAUGAACAUUGUUGGGUAUGAUAUGACGCGAAACGCAGCUGAGAAAGUCUUCGCAUCAACUAUUUACAAGCCGAAUGAUGUAGAUGUAGUAGAAUUACAUGAUUGCUUCUCUGUAAAUGAAUUAAUUACUUACGAAGCUUUGGGAUUAUGUCCUACUGGUUACGGCGGCAAAAUGGUGGACGCUGGGGACAAUACCUAUGGCGGCAAGUAUGUCGUGAACCCGAGCGGUGGCUUAAUUUCGAAGGGACAUCCUUUGGGCGCUACGGGAUUAGCACAGUGCGCCGAACUUACUUGGCAGCUUCGCGGUGAAGCCGGCAAGAGGCAAGUGCCUGGCGCAAAAUUAGCACUCCAGCACAACAUAGGUCUGGGCGGUGCAGUUGUUGUGGGUCUCUAUCGUUUGGGCUUUCCGAAUCAGAUGGUCAAAAAGUACGUGAAUGUCGCUGCCGAUCCCAGCAUAUUUCAAGCAAAUGUACUAUUCAAGACGUUAGCAAUCGCAAUGGAGGAAGAUGAGGAUAAUCUAAUCGAGAGAAUGCGCGGGAUUUACGGAUUUAAAGUCACAAAUGGUCCUGGUGGCGCAGAGGGAUAUUGGAUUGUGGAUGCAAAAACAGGCAAAGGCAAAAUCGAGUAUAAUGGAAAAACUAAACCUGACGUAACAUUCACAAUCAGCGACACUGAUAUCGUCGAUUUCAUUUCUGGAAAAUUAAAUCCGCAAAAGGCCUUCUUUCAAGGGAAAGUCAAGAUUCAAGGGAACAUGGGGCUUGCCAUGAAAUUGCCCGAUUUGCAGAAACGCGCCGCUAAGAAGAUCGAGCUGCUUCGCUCAAGAUUGUAAGAUGAUCGAAGUGAAAUUGCUAGAUUAGCACGAGAAAUAAAACACGUUUCUGUUUUUUUCUCUUUUCAUGCACUUUACCUUUUUCUAUCUAUUCUAUUUGGCGAUCAAAAAUGAAAAGUUAUCGACAAUUUCGACAUAAUGAUGAUAUGUAAUCGUGUAAGCGUGUUAUGAGAUUCAGAUACUCGAUAAAGCUUAAAUUGGAAUAAACAGAUAGAUAAAAAGAA